AUCAACAGACACUAUGGGUAAAGCGGAUUGCAUAAGCUACGAUGACAAUAAAUUGCCCUACAUUGAUUUGGGUAGUGCGCGGAUACGCAUGGAUAAGGAGCAGGCACCCGAAUGGGCUCUAAAAAAAGCACAGGAUGAGCUGAGAGAACUACCAGGCAUCAAGGAGGAAGCCAUCAAGGAACUCAGAGUGCUGAUACAAAAUGAAAAAUACCUUAACUUGCCUUUGGAUGAUGAAUAUAUGAUGAUGUUUUUGCGGCCUUGCCAUUAUUAUCCAGAAAGUGCCUUGAAAAGGCUCAAGAACUUCUAUCACAUGAAACUGAAAUAUGGCAUUGCAUGUGAGAAUAUAAUACCCUCGAAAUUGCGCAACGUUUUCGAUGCGGAUAUACUCAAUUUGUUGCCCACAAGAGAUCAACAUGGACGUCGUUUGCUGGUACUGGAGGCAGGAAAAAAAUGGAAACCUUCACAGGUGCCAUUGCCUGAUCUGUUCCGCGGCAUACAGUUGACCGUGCUGGGCUCCAUGGUUGAACCAUUUUCACAAAUUUGCGGUGCUGUGGUCAUAAUUGAUAUGGAAGGUUUGCCCUUGAGCCAUAUUACACAGUUUACACCAUCAUUUGCCGCCAUGUUAUUGGAUUACGUACAGGAAUGCAUUUGCAUGCGUCUGAAGGCCGUUCACAUUGUGAAUAAUUCAUAUAUAUUCAAUAUGCUUUUCGCCAUAUUCAAACCUUUCAUUAGGGAAAAGUUGCGCAAGCGAAUCUUCUUCCAUGGCAAAGAUUGGAAGUCACUGACCUCUCACAUUGAGGCAAAUGCCUUGCCACCGAAAUAUGGCGGCACUGCCACCUGGGAGUUGCCUCCUGGUAAAGUGCUGGGUGAUUUCUUUGAAUGCUAUUCCAAGGAUUAUGAACUUGCCGAUAGUUAUGGCUAUGCUGAGGGUUAUUCCAUGAAAAAGAAAUAAUCUUUUGGGGGGAUGGGAAUCAACUAUAAUGCCUAAUCCAUUUCGAUUCGUAUUUUUAGUAUAUUAAGUUGGGUCAUUUGUGAUAUUGCAAAACAUUAUUAAAUCUAAUAACCAAAUGUGGAAAACAUCGAAGCCAAGACUUUAAGUAGUGCACUUACCAUAGGCCUUAAACAUUUCUUGUUGUAAUAAUGGUUUGUCUAUGUGAAUAUGUUGUUUAUCUUAAAUAUAAAUACAAGAAGUUGUUAAGCACAAUUUUCAAAAAUUAAACUUGAAAGACACUAUGUAAAUUAAUCUGAAUAAUCUGAAA